AUGGGGGUAGACUACUACAAGAUCUUGCAAGUGGACAAGAGCGCCAAGGACGACGACCUCAAGAAGGCCUAUCGGAAGCUCGCCAUGAAGUGGCACCCCGAUAAGAACCCUAACAACAAAAAGGAAGCGGAGGCCAAGUUCAAGCAGAUAUCCGAAGCGUACGAGGUACGGGCCCUGCUUUGCGCGUACUUAUUUUCUCUGGUUAUUCCCGUAAACGCUCAUCUCUCCGUCUGAAAAAUGUUCGUUUUUGGAUUUCUCUUGUUGUCUUUGCAGGUUCUGAGCGAUCCUCAGAAGCGUGCGGUGUAUGACCAGUACGGUGAGGAAGGCCUGAAGGGUCAGGUGCCCCCUCCCGGAGCCGGUGGUCCAUCCUUCUUUUCCACUGGUGAUGGGCAGACGGCUUUCCGGUUCAAUCCCAGGAACGCCGACGAUAUUUUCUCUGAAUUCUUCGGUUUCUCGAGCCCGUUUGGGGGCAUGGGAGGCGGUGGAGGUUCUGGGGGAAUGACAGGGGGUUCGAGAUUCGGCGGGAUGCCGUCCAUGUUCGGAGAUGAUAUAUUUGGGUCGAUGUUUCGGGGCGGCGACGCCGGGAUGCAAUACCAGCAGCCCCGAAAGGCAGCUCCAAUCGAGAACAACUUGCCGUGUACCCUGGAAGAUCUCUACAAGGGAACCACGAAGAAGAUGAAAAUUUCCCGAGAGAUCUUAGACGCUAGCGGGUGAGUACUCUGUCUUCUUGGUUUGAAUCCUAUCCGAGAGCGUUCUGAUUUUUUUAUCAUUCAAGUGUGCAUGAUAUCGUAUCAAUACGGGAGUAUGUGCCAUUUUUUUAUCCUUGUGUUUAUCUUGUUUUAUCCAAAGUCUGAGGAUCGAAAUUUCAUUAUCUGAUUCUGCCUGCAUGAGUGAGUAAUAUUUAGCCAAUCGAAAUAGGUACGAGCCAGCUGGCAAAUCCGCCUGGGUUUCUAUUUUAAUACUGUAUAGUGCCCAAGCAAGCUCUUCGCGUGGCAAAGAUAACAAUUUCUGGUAUUUCUCAAUGAUAACCGUCGUUUGUCGCCAACAAUUUUACUUAAGUAAUUAAAGCCAUCCUGGUCAUGAGCUUGUUAUGUUUAUUUCAUGGGAGUUCGCCGUCUAGUUUUCCAUCUAUGAAGGGAUUCAUGUUGCAAUGUUUUUUGAUUGUUCACUCUCUCCACCCUAUUCAAUUUCUUAACCUUUAUUUUUCUUUCGGUCACUCCUCAUAAGGUAUAGCAAGGAAUGAUGUUGUGUUGUGGUGUGAGCGUUUGUCCGAGACUUCCCUGUUGGUAAGGAUAAUAGACAUUCAGUGAGAGCUGCGCUUGGUGGCUUGAGAUAUUGCAUAUUUGUCAGAGAUAAGGAUUCGGAACUUUUGGUUUAAUAGGAGAUUGUGUGCUAUAUUUUAGAGAUGUUGAAGGUAUUCAGUCUUAACUGCUUCAACAUAAGUCCAACAUAAGUCCAAGGGCUUCCAUAGGCAGUUUUCUGUUCUGAUCUCAACUAGAGGAUACCUCAACGUAUGGAUUAAUUACUAAAUACGAAGAUUAGUUCAUUUACGGGAACCUUUCACAGUACUGGUGUUCUCAACUCAUGCUACCCUUUUUUUCUGUGUCUGAGCUUACUAGGUUUACCCUUAGACUUUUUCAUCCUGGGAGUGCUGUCUCUGAUUGAAAGGUCAAGCGGUCUUCUGGAAUAUUUCCAGAAGAUUGAUGGGUUAGCUCCGUUAUUUUUACACCUUGUAAUUUAUCUGUUCCUGAGGAGUUUCUGCUUAAUGCAUUCGCUUCACAGUUCUAUUUUUUGUAGCUUUUUAUUAUUAUUAUUUUCAGCCUGAAUUCGGUCUCCUCUCUGCAUCCUUUUCUAUUCUCUGAUCUUUUGCAGUCCCCAGUUUCUAUGAUAUAUUUUGGGAAAGCGAUCCCUGGCGUUCUCUGAUUAGUCUUCAGUUGCAUGAUCAAGAACUGGAAUAAAAUACUGCAGAUAAUCAAUAGAAUGGGAUUUUACCGACUGGCCUUUAAACUGUUGCCAAGAAUAAUCGUUAUCAUAUUAUUCGGUGAUACCCUAAUCUCUCUGCUGUUUCUGGCCCCUUGCUCAGCGGCCCAGACGUAGAUAAUACGUUUAGUAUUGCUGUUUCUUUCGGGUGAUGAAAUCAGGGAAAUCAGGGAAAUCUCGUCGCUUUUGUUCCUUCAUAUUUUUUUUUCUUUGAUUUGAUUAUUUGCAUUCUCUCUUCAUAGAUUCAAGACUCCAUUACUUGUCUUGUGCCUCAGGAAGACCGCGCAGGUGGAGGAGAUCUUGACGAUCGAGGUGAAGCCCGGGUGGAAGAAAGGGACGAAGAUCACCUUCUCGGAGAAGGGGAACGAGCAGCCCAACGGCAUCCCCGCGGACCUCGUCUUCAUCAUCGACGAGAAGCCCCACGAGGUGUUCACCCGCGAGGGCAACGACCUCGUGACCACGCAGAAGAUCUCCCUGGCGGAGGCCCUCGCCGGCUGCACCGUCCAGCUGAGGACCCUCGACGGGCGCCAGCUGACCGUUCCGGUCACCGCCGUGGUCCACCCGGCCUACGAGGAGGUCGUCCCCAGGGAGGGCAUGCCCCUCCCCAAGGACCCCUCUAAAAGAGGUAAUCUCAGGAUCAGGUUCGCCAUCAGGUUCCCCACCAGGCUCACCGCCCACCAGAAGAAAGGAAUCAAGAAGCUGCUGCUGUCCGCGCCUUGA